UUUGGAUGGCAGAUACUGUGACUUGGCGCUGCCACGUUAGAGAAUCCUUCGUCCCCUCGCAGUCGCACGCACGCACCAACUUCCCACACCACAGCAUACCAGGCGGCGGCGGCGGCGGUGAUGGGAGGCGAGGGCGCCAGUUCCAGCGGCGGGGGGUUCCGCGCCCGGAUAGACCACUACCUGUACAGCGGAGAGAAGAAGCACGUCGUCGCAGGCAUCGCCAUCUUCGCCGCCAUUUUCGGGGUGCCCUGGUACCUCAUGACCCGAGGGGCAAAGCAUGACUCCCAUCAAGAUUAUGUGGAGCGAGCUAACAAGGCGAGGUCGGAUAGGCUUUCUUCUGGACAGCCAUCAUCACUGAAAGAAUGAAGCAGCUGUCUCAACCGGCCCCAGAUUGCCCAACAUCUGCAUGCAGUUUACAUUAUGAAUCUGAAGGCUUAAUCUUGUGUCAAAUAAACAGACCAUCUCUGUUCUGAUUGUCAGCAGCUAUGGGGAAAACGUAGUGCUAUUGUAAUACAGUAAUAGAAAUUUUGUUCGCGGGAAACUCAGAGUAGUGUCUUUUCUAUUCUAAGAGGAGAUGAUGGACAAAUCAUGGUAUUUUUAUCUCAUCCGGAGCCAA